AUCCGUGUUUAGCAUAAGCAUCAACAUCAUGAUCAUAAUCAAGAUGAUAAUCAGAUUCUUAAUCCUUACAUUGUCCAAAAGAUUCUAGCCAGGGUCCCCCCACCCCACCCACUCUCAUCAGUGCAAGCAAAGUAACAAACAUUUUCCGCGCCAAAGCAAAUAAACAUCAUCCAAAGAUUCUUCUUCUUCUUCUUCAAUCGCAUCAAUGGCGGUUGACGAUCGCUUCACAGAUUUCAACCCUAAAACGUGUGUGGUUUUAGGCGGAAGAGGAAUCUUAGGAAAAUCAUUGGUCUUAAAGCUAUUGAAACUCGGUGAUUGCAUCGUCCGAGUCGCUGAUUCCACUCACUCACUACAACUUGACCCUUCCGAGUCUCUCCUCGAUGAAGCUAUCUCUUCUUCUCGCGCUUCGUACUUUCAUCUCGACCUUACCGAUAAACACCGCAUCGCCAAAGUUCUUGAAGGUUCUUCCGUCGUUUUCUAUAUGGAUGUUGAUGGCUCUAAUAAUACCGAUGAUUUCUACCAUUGUUAUAAGCUAAUUGUUCAAGGUGCGAAGAAUGUGAUUAAUGCUUGCAGAGAAUGUAAAGUGAAACGCCUCAUAUACAACAGUUCUGCAGAUGUUGUAUUUGAUUGUUUGCGUGAUGGAGAUAAAUCGUCGGCAUAUCCGUGGAAAGUUGAUAACAUGUUAAUUGACCUUAAGGCUCAAGCAGAAGCUUUGGUCUUGAAUGCUAAUGACAUUGAUGGAGUUUUGACAUGCUCACUUCGUCCUAGUAAUGUAUUUGGUCCUGGUGACACAGAAUUUGUGCCAUAUAUUGUAAAGCUAGCAAGAUAUGGUGUCACAAAGUUUAUUGUAGGGACCGGUGAUAAUCUGUCAGACUUCACCUUUUAUGAGAAUGUUACUCAUGCCCAUAUCUGUGCAGAAGAAGCCUUAAAUUUCCAAACCAUUUCUGUGGCUGGAAAGGCAUUUUUCAUCACAAAUCUCGAGCCUAUGAAGUUCUGGGAAUUUCUGUCGCUUUUAUUGGAAGGUCUUGGAUAUCAAAGGCCAUUCAUCAAACUUCCUGCCAAUUUAGUGCAAUACAUUCUCUCAAUUUUAAAGUGGUUUUAUGAAAAGUUGGGGCCCGGACACUUCAAUUAUCCAUUAUUAGUUCAUUAUUUCCGGUUAGCUUUACACACCCGAACUUUCAACUGCUCUGCAGCUCAAAAAGAUAUUGGAUACUCACCGAUAGUCUCCCUUGAGGAAGGUGUCACAUUAACCAUAGAAUCAUUCUCUCAUUUAGCUAAAGAUUCAUUUUCUUCAAGAUGCUGCGGGUCUGUUGAUCGGUCAAAAGCAGAUAAGCUGCUUGGCAGUGGAAAAGUGGCUGACAUUUUGUUGUGGAGAAACGAGAAGGCAUCCUUCGCAUAUUUCCUUGGGCUAGUUUUUUUGUUUUAUUGGUUUUUCCUUUCUGGAAACACUUUUAUAUCAUCUGCUGCAAGGCUUUUGCUGCUUGUGACUUUACUUCUAUGUGGACAUGGUUUCCUGCCAUCAAAGCUAUUUGGUUUCCCUAUACAGAAGGUGCCUGCAUCUAAUUUUAAGAUCUCUGAUAUGGCAGCAAAAGAUUCAGUUGCAAUUAUAGUACAUAUAUGGAACAAGGGGUUUCAAAAUAUAAAGGAACUGGGCCAAGGGGGCGAUUGGUCUACGUUUUUCAAGGUUGCAGUUUUUCUUUACCUUCUGAAGUCGAUCGUGGCCAAGUUGUUGACAACAUUGAUAGGCAUAGGACUUGCCUUUGCGUUUAUGGCAUUCUUUGUUUAUGAGCAAUAUGAAUCAGAAAUUGAUGAACUAGCGGAUUUUCUAACCACUAGUUUGAAGGAGUUCAUGAUAUAUUUGAUGAGAAAUUUACCUGUCUCUGUAUCACGGCUUCUGCAUUAUGGCGACAACUUCAGCGUUCCCAAGGACCGGGAUGGGGGAAAGAUCUGAGAUAGCCAAACAUGGGUUUCAGCUUAGCUGUGUGAUCUUUGACAUCCUUUAGGCUAUAAACUAACAAAACUGGAGUUGCACUCCUUUAGAAAAAUGGCGAAAAUAUACUCAUGUUUCUGAGAAUGCACUACCUCCUUCUAUCUUCUAUAAUCACAAUCGAACUAGUGAAUUAGGCUGAAGACGUUGCUGUUUGAAAUUACGCGGUACUGUGUUUUGACGGGUGAAAUAUUGACAUAUAUAGAUUGAUGAUUCAUUGUCAUCAAUGAUCGUGUAAAAGGAACAUACCAUUCUGUUAGCAACUUAAAAUCUUGAGACUCACGUUUAUGAUACAUGUAUCAUAUAUGUAAUGUAAUAGUGUCUUUAAAUAGUUAUGUAAAUUUUUUUUUUUUUUUUUUUUUAAAUAGUUAUGUAAAUUGCUUUUAAGCUCUAAAUACUA